GCAAUCCUGCAUGAAGGAGCGGGGUCGCCAUCUGUUUCCUCCUGUGGCUCAAACGUGCUCAAGAUAGACGCAGACCACCACCAUCAUCUUCGUCUUCAUCUUCAUCACCCGCCGGAAGUGAGAAGGGAAAGCACCGGCUUCGGCUGGUCAGACCGCGUCCAUCGCUUCUGAAUGAACAGCUUCUGCACUGGACCUGACUGGAAGCAUGGAAUAGUGUCAGAGUGACUCCUGACCUUCAUCAGUAGCCUCACCCAGCAUCAUCAUCAUCAGGAGCAGCUCAGUCCAGACGACAAAACCGAAACGCGUUUCUGCUGCAGUGUGUCCCUGGCGGGCCGCCGUCGCGAUGGGCGAGAGCAUGUCGAAGCGGCUGAAGCUAGUCACCGGCUCCGAGGCAGAGAUGGAGGAGCGCGGCUUCAGCAACCCGUUCCCGGACUGGGAUCAGAGCCUGUCCGGGUCCUCAGACCCAGCAGAACACAGCGGAGGAAACCAGCCGCUUGACGCCGACGGAAAGAUCAGCGAUGCCUUUCAGAAGAAGGUGCAAAGCAAGAUCACAGAUCUUCUCCAACAGAUGGAGGAGGGCCUGAAGACUGCAGAUCCACAUGAUUGUUCCACCUACACGGGCUGGACAGGCAUAGCCCUGCUGUACCUGCAGCUGUAUCGAGGGACGCAGGAGGCCCCGCAUCUGCAGCGGGCUCUGGAUUACGUCAAACGCGCGCUGAGGAACCUGAACGGACGGCGCGUCAGCUUCUUGUGCGGAGACGCCGGGCCUCUAGCUGUAGGCGCAGUCGUUCACCACCACUUAAAGAACCAGACCGAGUCCCAGGAGUGCCUCACGAAAUUGCUCCAGCUCCAGCGCUCAGUGCUCAGUCCAGACUCUGACGUUCCUGAUGAGCUGCUGUACGGUCGAGCCGGAUACCUCUUCGCUCUGCUGUAUGUGAACGCAGAGAUCGCGCCGGACGCGGUGGACGACGACACCAUCAUCAAGGUGGUGACUGCUGUUCUGGAGUCAGGGAAAAACUUGUCUAAAGAGGAGAAGAAAGCCGAGCGCUGCCCGCUGCUGUACGAGUGGCAUAAGAAACAGUAUGUGGGAGCAGCUCAUGGUCUGGCAGGCAUUUACUACAUGCUCAUGCAGCCGAGUGCUAAAGUCAGUCAGGACACUCUGAAUGAGCUGCUCCGGCCCAGUGUGGAUUACGUGCGGCACAAGAAGUUCCGGUCGGGCAAUUACCCAUCAUCCCUCAGCAACGAGACGGACAGACUGGUGCACUGGUGUCACGGAGCUCCUGGAGUGCUGCAUAUGCUCAUCAUGACUCAUAAAGUCUUCAAGGAUGAGAAGUACCUGCGAGACGCGGCUGAGUGUGGAGAGGUGAUCUGGCAGAGAGGUUUACUGAGGAAGGGUUAUGGACUCUGUCACGGCACGGCUGGGAACGGAUACGCCUUGCUCUCGCUCUACCACGCCACACAGGACAAGAAAUACCUGUAUCGUGCCUGCAAGUUUGCUGAGUGGUGUCUAGACUACGGGACCCACGGCUGUCGUAUUCCUGACCGGCCUUACUCCCUUUUUGAAGGUAAGUUGAUCAUCAUGUGUCAUUGAUAAAACAUCUGCAAAUUGUACUCUUCAAUAUUCUCAAAAAAUAAUGGGUUAAAUUUAAUUUAAUUAAAAU